AUGCCUGUAACCCAAUUCGCUGUGACCGACACGUACGAAUAUCUGAAUGGGUUCGGGGGAUACAAAGAGAGUGAGGCCAUCGAGGGUACUUUGCCGUUAGCGGCGAACUCACCACAAAAAUGCCCGUACGGCCUGUACAACGAGAAGUUGUCAGGUACCGCGUUCACCGCGCCCCGUGACGAGAACCAACAAACAUGGCUCUAUCGAAUUCUGCCCUCUGCAAGCCACCAGAACUUCGAACCAGUCUCGGCCUCUUCGUCGCAGGGCCUGGCAACUCCCACACCCAGCUUCGGCACACAUUUCAACGCGAUUCCGAACCAGCUGCGGUGGGACCCCUUUGACCUGGACAAAGAAGUGUCAUGGAUUCACUCUCUCCAUCUUGUGGCUGGCGCGGGCGACCCCACCAUGAAGCAGGGGCUGGGCAUCUACAUCUACGCCUGUGGCACUAGCAUGCCCGAGAAGACAGCAUUUUACAGUGCAGACGGCGACUUCUUGAUCGUCGCACAGCAUGGCGUUCUUGACAUCCGCACCGAAUUUGGCAAGCUACUGCUGCGGCCGAACGAAAUCUGCGUCAUUCCGCGGGGGAUCCGCUACCAUGUUACAUUGCAUAACAACGAACCCGCACGAGGAUACAUCUUGGAGCUGUACCAAGGCCACUUCAAACUGCCCGAACUCGGUCCCAUUGGCUCGAAUGGGUUAGCCAACGCGCGCGACUUCCAAACACCAGUGGCCGAUUUUAUCGAGGACUACGAGAACACGCAGUGGACGGUGUAUGGCAAAUUUGGCGGCAACCUCUUCUCGGCCAAGCAGUCGCACACCCCCUUUGAUGUUGUCGGCUGGCACGGCACCUAUUUCCCUUACAAAUAUGAUCUGGGCCGUUUCAGCCCCGUCGGCAGCAUCUGCUACGAUCAUCCUGAUCCUUCUAUCUUCACUGUUCUCACUGCGCCCUCGCAUCCUCACGGAGCGGGUACGGCGGUUGCAGAUUUCGUUAUAUUUCCACCUCGAUGGCUGGUGGCAGAGAACACCUUCCGCCCUCCGUGGUAUCAUCGAAACACCAUGUCCGAGUUCAUGGGCUUGAUCAUGGGUAACUACGAUGCCAAGGGUGCUGGAAAGGGAGGUUUCCAGCCGGCUGGGGCGAGUUUACAUAAUACUAUGAGCGGGCAUGGACCAGACAUGCAGACAUUUGAAAAGGCGUCGACGAUGGACUUGCCACCCACAAAGGUCGGCGAGGGUAGCAUGGCGUUUAUGUUUGAGAGUUGCUUGAUGGUGGGCGUUACAGAGUGGGGUCUGAAGACUUGCCAGAAAGUUCAGGAGUCAUAUAAUGCUCAUUCGUGGGAGCCGUUAAAGGUGCAUUUCAAGCGACCGGAAUCGUCGCGCGGCGUCAGCAAUGGCGAAAAGAAGCAUGCGGUGGGUGAUGCGAAAGACGCAAGCAGCGUCCACGCCCUUCGUUGA